GUAUACAUGUGAGUCUGGCCCAUGAACUCCUAACUCUGAUGGACAUCUAAAUAUUACCGCUUGCCGCUUCCCACCUUCUCUUGUCCCUCUCUCAAACCCAAAACCCCGUUUGAUCGAUUUCGGGUAUUUACUCAGCAUCUCAGCGUAGCAGAUACUGUUGAUUGACGAAAAGAAUGGUGUUUUGUGAUAACUGUGUGAAAAACGUUGCCGGAGUGCGAAUCAAUGAUGGAUUAAUCCUAUGUUGUGACGAAUGUGGGAAGGUAUUGGAAAAUAACUAUUUCUCUGAGGAAAAGAUUUCUACCGGGCAGAGCGAAUUAUCAGGCCGUUAUGUAAGAACAAUCCAAAGCGAGUACUCUGCCUCACGUCAAAGGACUUUAGACAGAGAUUACGAUGAGAUCAAAUAUUUGAGUUUGGAUGAUGAUAAUUUGGCCAACCAAGCUUUGGCCUUCUAUAGACAAAUAAAACAGAGACGAGCCGAAGAGGCAAAAAACUUGGGUCCUCCUCAAUCUGCUGCAGAGGCCACUAAGCAAAUGUUGAUAACAAAGCAAGUGGCUCCAAAGAAUCCCAAGAAAGUACGAUCCUCUGAUAAUCAUGAUUACUUGAAGUCGAAGUUUGAGGACAAGAUUCAAGAUGAUGAUCUGGGAUUAGUGGACGAGUUUGAGGAUGGCGGUAUGCACGAAGAUUAUUAUGGAAAUGCCGACGAGGCAUGACUAUGAGGAUGAUGGGUACAGCUUUGAUAAUUAGUUAAUGAUUCCUUGAGGCUCUUUCUACUUUAAUUAUUUGUGAAUCUCGAAUCCCAUUUUCAUCAUGGCUAGCUGGCACGAGAAAUCUUUUGGAUUCUGACUAUCUGAGAGUCAACCAAGAAACUAGAAUCACUAGUAGUUUUACAUCCUCUGUCCUUGAGUCCUUUCACUAUGACCACUUUGCAUUAGAAUUUCCUUUUCGUCCAAUCAAUAGUUACACCCUUAAUUCCACGUGUCUUGAGAGCUUUGGAGUUAGGUACAAUUGCUUCUCAUCAUGUAGUUAUUUACCAAACUCGUUAAUCAAACUUACCAUCUGGUGAAAUUUUGAUGUUUAGUUUGUCUAUGGAUUUCCUAAGAUUUUGGUCUC